CAUUUUUAUAGAUGAAAGUUUAUUAAUAAAAGCAAAGAGGCAUGAAACACAUAUAAAAUGUGUUUUCCAUUUACUGGCGGAAGAUACGCUUACAUGAAAAUUAUCCGUCGGCUUCUGCUAAAGAGAACAACAGCAAAAGCACAGAAGAAAUAUAAGAAGUUUGGCGGGAAAAAGUUGAAAGUGUCAUGGCGACGAAAAUAUUAAGCUGGUUGGCAGCUUUUACAAUUAUUGGGUCAUGCUGUUGUCAAAAAAACAAUACGAGUUUUCAAAUUUCACGUUCAUUCAACCAUCACGGAAUCUGCAAGAGUAUGUUCUGCAACUCAUUAGACGCUUUGAGUCGCUUGAAGAAUUGUACUGUAAUUCUGGGUAACCUCCACGUUGUGGUUCUUGAGAGAACUAAGCGAGAACACUUCGAAAAUGUUUCCUAUCCACAACUCAAAGAGAUUACAGGUUUCCUGUUGUUCUACCGUGUGCGUGGUUUGGAGAGUUUAGGUCAGUUGUUCCCAAACCUAAUUAGGAUUCGCGGAAAACAAUUAUUUUAUAACUACGCUCUCAUCGUUCAUGAUAUGCCGAAUCUAAGAGAGAUAGGACUGUACAAUCUUCUCAAGAUCGAUAGAGGUGGUGUCAUAAUAUGGGGGUCAACGCAAGCUUGCUGGAUAGAUACUGUGGACUGGCAAGCGAUAGCGCCUGGCUAUAGACAUGUGCUAGAUGUGGACAAGCAUGCCCAGUGUGAUGUCGCUUGCAGAUGUUCCAGAAGUUCACUUACCAAUCGCUGCUGGAAUAUCAAAAAAUGCCAACGUUUCCUCGACGGGCCCGAAGGUGAAAAAUGUAAAAGCCAAUGUCUCGGUUGUCGUAAGACAAAUAGCAGCGAUUGCUCUGUGUGCCGACACUACACGUUCAGGGGGCAAUGUGUCUCCGAAUGUCCCAAUGGAACUGUGGUUUUACCUGAAAAUUCAUAUUGUUUGUCCGACGACGAAUGUAUUAAAAUAGGCGGAUGGUCCUGGAACAAUAGUUGUGUAUUUGAGUGUCCGUUAAAUUACGUGAAAAUAAAUACAUCAAACAUCUCCACUUGCAAAUUCUGUAAGAACUGUACAGAGGUUUGCGGUAGUCAGUUUAUUAAAAGCCUAGAAACGAUACAGUUGGCUGGACGCUGUGUCUACAUUAACGGCUCAUUGACAAUACACGUGUCAUCGAUACCAGAAGCCGUGACCGAAUUGGGACUGUAUCUUAGUGAACUAAAAGAAGUCUUUGAUUACAUACUCAUAUAUGGUUCCGUUGAGAUUACGUCAAUAGAUUUCUUGCCUUCACUCAGACGUAUUAGAGGACAAAAGUUAGAAAGUGGAAGGUACAGCCUUGUUAUAUACAAUAUGCCUAAUCUUCAAUCCUUAUUCAUAGCUAAUGUCACUCAAAAUCUAAUAGUCGACAAUGGAACAGUGAACUUGUACGGAAACCCUAUGUUAUGUAUGAGGCAUAUAGAGAAACUAUUAAAAGUGUUUCCAAUGAAACCAAAUGACAUUGAUCUACCUCAGGGUAUGAACGGAUACAGUGGAGGAUGUCAAGAAAUAUCUUUGGAGCUUCGUGUUGAUGUUAUAAAUGAAACAUCAGCGCUAGUCAGAUUUCUCCCCAUAUCUGAUCCUUUCGUACAAUACACUAUACUUUAUAUAUUAUUGCCUCAAGGAAAUUCAACGAAAUUUGUACCAGAAAAAUGUAGCGAAUCUGAAUGGUUUGUGUUGGACGUUUCUACAGUAUCUAACCAGUUGGUAGAAAUUCAACUAACAUCAUUACACCCCGCUUCUAAUUAUGCUAUUUGUGUUGAGACGUACGAUCCUGUCCAUCAAAAUCUUGCAAGAAGCUCGAUUCUUAGUUUCCAGACACAUAUUGGAAAACCGCAACCACCGUUCAUUUUAGAACUUGUCGCUUCUACCUCGCAAAAUGUGGUUAUACGUUGGGUAGACCAUAAGGAUUAUAAGUCUCAUAUCAUCCGUUAUGAACUGGAUGUGAAUAUAAUAGACAUUCGUUCAAAAGAUAUUGCAGCAAGAGAUCACUGCAAACACAAAGAUGAAUAUUACAAUAAACUAGAUUACUUACGACAUGCAGUUGUUUUUAGACCACCUCCGAAUUAUGACAAGGGUUGCAAAACAUUGUGCGGCGUUCUAUCAUCAGUUACAGAAGGUGCAUUGAUCGAAGAACAUUUUGAUAUAUGUAGUAGUUAUAGUACCGAAUGUGACUCCGAAAAUAUUAUAAGGAAGAAUGAAACUUAUGGAAAGUAUAUUAAAAGUUUAUCGAUUAAUAUAAGUGGUCCUAGAAAUGUAUACAAAGUGGGAGGACUAGCACCGUUUCGUGAUUACAAAUUUAAUUUAAGAGCUUGCACUGAAAAUCAUUGCAGUAGAUCGGCUAGAAAUGUUGUGAGAACGUUACGGAAGAAUGAUAUAGAUACUCCAAUCAUCACAUUUAUUGUAGCGAAUUCAGCCGGAUUUAUUACUGUACAUUGGAAUCCACCUGUAGAAACUAAUGGUCCAGUAUUAUCUUAUAAUGUAGAAGUUGUACCAAAAUUAAAUUCAAACGACAUUAAUUAUCUAAUUCCUCAAGCAUGGUGUACUGCUAGGAAUGAGACAAGUUUGACUGUAAAGUCCGAAUUGGCUAAGAAUUACGUUGUUAGAGUGUGUACAACGACUUUGGGAUCGAGUAAAUCUUGUAGUGCGUGGACAAAAAUACUUGUAACUGUUACAACGAAAAAAGUUCCCACGUGGUGGUGGAGUGGUAUUUUGUACGGUGUUCUUUUGUACUUUAUUUCUACAGCAAUCGGAUGGUUGUGGAAUACGAGGAGACGUAACAGCGAUAGAAUGCUGUUGAUAGACAACGGCUUGAAUUAUGAGAACGAAACGGAUCCUCCGAGUUUUAUGAUGAGAGAUUUAGCUCAGAAUUAUUCCAUUCCAUUGCGUGAUACGCCAUUAGAUUAG